ACAAAAUAUGAGAUAGAAAUAGUAUACAGUGUAUAAUAUGACGAGUUUAAUACGUACAGUAAUUGGUGGAGAUUUGCCUGUUUGAUUUUCAGCAUCGAAGACCAAGAAUCAUUUGACAUGUCUAGAAAAUAUACAAUAAAUAGAUAUAUUAAAUGCUUGGAUCUGUUGCUAGGCUAGAUUGUUUUUAACACAUGGGAAAGUAACCGCUAUUUUUAGGUUAUAUACUUGUCCGUAUUUUAUGGGUUGAACAAACGCACUAUUUUAAAAGUGUUCAUUAUCCUGAACAUAGAAUGUCUCUUAACCUUUUCUGUAUGUCCUGCAGCAGCCAAAAACGCUUGUUGGGGUUUAUUCCUCAGAAACUGUUGGCACGUGCACUCUUCUGUCAUUGGAACAACGGUCGUAUUCAUCACUCUUGCGAUCUAUUCAGGCCAGUCUUGUUUUGAUGACAUUCUCUCUGGGUACAUUUAAGUGAAAUUAGUUUGAGAGAGAAGCUUCUCCAGCUGUUGUAGAGCGAUUAGAAUUUGCAAGGCUGUAACAUUAGGCUGUGAUUUGGUAGGGUGUUGUAUUCUGACCAUCUGGUUUAUCCAUGUUUUUAUCAACAGUUAUGUGUCAUUAUUAAUGAUCAUUUUUAUAUAAUAACGUUAAUUGUUAAUGCUUGUAAUUUAUAGACAGUUUCAGCAGCGGCAACAACAUAAACAAACCAAACUUAUCUUCCGGUAACUUGUGGCUGGAAUACACUACAAGACUUUUAAAAUCUGAACAGAUUUUUUUUAAACUAGACAUCAUACACUUGCAGACUUUUUGAAAGAUUCAGAUAGAAACACACUAACUGAUCAAAUCUGCAGAUUGGCACAGACUUUCUGCAACAAGUCCAGACUGAAAAUCUGGGUAAAAUCUGAGCAAAAGUCUUGUAGUGUAGCCUUUAGACCUCUGCUAAGAAGCAGUUAGUUAACUGUUGAGUAGUUUUAAUUGAAUAAAAUUAUUUACAAUAAAAUCAAAAAUAAUAAAAAUUAAUUGUAAUUAGGGCUGUCAAACGAUUAAUCGCAAUUAAUCGCAUCCAGAAUAAAAGUUUGUGUUUACAUAAUAUGUGUACGUGUAUUGUGCAUAUUAAUUUUGUAUUUAAAAAUACAAAAGCAUACACAUACACAAAUGUAUAUAUUUAUUUUUUUAGGUGAAUUAUUUAUAUUUACCAAUAAUUUAAAUUACAUAUAAAUGUUUAUUAAUUUUUAUAUUUUAUAUGUUUCUUAAAUAUAUGCAUGUAUGUGUAUGUUUAUAAACACAAAGGUAAUAUGCCUAGUACACAGACAUUUAUUAUGUAAAUCGCGAUUAAUCGUUUGACAGCCCUAAUUGUAAUAUAAAAUAAAUUCAAUUGUAAACAUCGACUGGAAACUUUGGGCCAGGCACUUGAGUCCGAUGAUGGUUUCAGCAGCAACUACAUGGUUUUGACUAGAAGGGAUACAGCUACCUCCACUGGGCAUGCGCACUUCAAUACCGCAUAAUUUUUGUCACACUGAAAACAGUUGAUUAAUAUUUACUUAUUAUUGUAAGGUUAGGGUUGGGGUAGGUGUAGGCGUUAGCUAAUGUAAUUUAUUAUAAUUAUAUGGCGAGAUUUUGCACCACUUCCGGCCGUAGUUGUAUCCUAGCAACAACCCUACAUAAACGUUAUGUGGCCCAAACGUAACUUCUGGUAGACGUUUGUAAAGAAUCAAUAAAUUAAAAAUUUGUUUUAAUUUAACUUAAAACUAAUAAUUAAUAUAAAUUAAAUAUAAAAUAAAUUGUUAUAUUAUAACCAAACAGACCAGAAGAAUUUGGGGCCAGGCAUGUGUGUCCGAUGAAACCGUCUAUAGGUGAUGCGUGACAAGUGGGACAUUUGAGUUACGAGUGCGACUGUUAACACAACAAAGUGUUUCUUUUUGCUGGAUUGCUGACCAUCACACGUGGUCAUGACAAAUAGGGGUCAAGUAAAGACAUGCAUGAACACAGCUAAUCCUUGAAACACGAUAGAAGUCUGUCAAGCCCAUCUGAUAACUCUAGUAUCACCUUCUUGGCUGCAGUGGACAGUAGUGUUCAUGUUUAAUCCAAGGCUAAAAAUACAUAAAACAUUAAUACAGUAAUCUACAGCAAAUAUGCAAACACACUCUUAAGUACGGCAUUUCACAUAUAUUAUAAUGCUCCUAAAUCCACAUAAAUGCAAUUUGUCAGAUGUGAUUUCUAAUGCUUUAUCGACUUGGCCCAGUUUGGUUGAUCUCUUGUAGUCGGGACUUCAAUGCUGUGCGUUUGUCUGCGUGUCCUACUUUUCAAGACGUUCAUGUCUUGUGACUAUGUGUGCUUUUUUGACCUUUUUUCUUCUUUUUUAGCUUUCUCAACAUUUGGAAAGCUCCAGCGAGGUGACAGUUUCUUGCUUUUGGGUGCGUUGCCGUGGAUCAUCGGGACCCACAAUGCACCUGGAUGAAAAGUGUGUCACGAUGUCCUCUGUUGACAGAUGUCCCACUGAGAAGAUAUCCUGGUCUUACCAUCUUUAAUGAUCAUGGCAUUUAAAACCAGCUGACAUCUACAGGACAGGUGAACCACAAAAGUAACUUAACAUACAAGUUGACAUGUUUAAAAUACGUCUUAUUAAUGUAAUUGAAGGAGUCGUGUCUCCUUGCACUCUUCCUGAGAGGUCAAGGUUACGACCUACGGGAGUGUUGUGUAAUUCCAUUGGUCUGUGCCAUGCCGUUCUCCGGAGAUUGUGAUGUCAGAGGAAAGCUGUCUGCGCUCCCAGCAUGUGCUGUUUGCUUGGAGAUUUACAGCAGCGCAGGAAAAAACAUAAAUUCAGACCACAGGAGGACAAAAAUAAACAGCAACAGCUGGAGAACGAUGAGUAAUGACCGCUUUCAUAAGAUAAGGGCAGUAAUCUGUAUGCACACAGCCGCAUGUUAAUCAUCACAGGCAUCACCAUGGCAAUAGAGGCAGAAAAUGAAUUCAGACGCUGUGCCGACCGAAUCGCCAGACAACAGAAAAGACGGUGACUGUGAUUCAAUGUGAUAACAGAGUAAUCAGCUCCUUGUGGCACAGAACAAGUCUCACAAACAUCUGCCCCAGAUGUGUGCUUCACCUGCCGCUCAGUCAAGAUAAGAAGAGUAAAUGGACCACGAUUUUUAAUAAAGAACUAGAAUUUCUCUCUCCGUUUCCCGCCAUCACAGAUCGUGUGUUAAGCCAGCCGAGCUGUCACACCCCCCUUCCCACCCCUCUCCAUGCCCCCAGCGUUUCUCAGUUCUCUGUUUACCUCUCUGUUAAUCUCUCUCUCUCUCUCUCUCUCUCUCUCUCUCUCUCUCUCUUCGGCACAUACUCUUCAUCACUGUAUCUCCUCCCCUUUCAUGCUCAGAGCCAGCGGGCUGCCACACGACCCACACUGCCUGCUACAUGAUCUCCUGAAAACACGGCUCUGUGUCUUUGUAGCCGCUUGUCUCCACUCGAGCCUUUUUAGAGACACGGAGAGAUGCCUUCGCGUCAACCUUGAUCUCCAGAUGCUCCCCGGCCCCCUUUCCUAGUAUCUCUCCCCCUGACCCUUUACCCCAUCACCCCCCUCUACCCUUCCCCUAAUCUCCCCUCCAUCGCUCACCCCCUUGACAAUGUUCUCAUGUGUCUCCUGGCUGCAGCCUUUCCUUGCCUUGCUGUCCUCCACCUUGUUAACUUGGGGCUACAACUGCCCACCCAGCUGCUUGUGUCCAGACCAUCACACCGUGGACUGCACAGGUCAAGGACUCACCCGUCUUCCAAACUCCAUCCCUCUGGACGUACGGAGACUCCUCCUGUCUAAUAACUGGAUUCCCUGGAUCCCCUCUGAUUUCCUGGUUCUGUAUAGUGAUCUGGUGUACUUGGAUCUGAGGAAUAACUCGCUUACUAAACUGGAGCCUGGGACGCUUACGACGUCAUCCAGGAUGGUUUAUCUGGAUUUGGGGAGUAAUAACUUGACCGAGAUCCCCACCGGGACUUUCGGGGAGUCCCGGAGCCUUAUCAAGCUACGUUUGGGUAACAACCCGUUUUUGAACAUGGUCAGCAAGGACGCCUUCUCGGGCCUCACAUCUUUACGAGAGCUGGAGCUGGAGAGAAACGCCCUCUCUGGAUUGGAUGUCGGGGUGUUGAGCCAGUUGCCGUCCUUGCGGGUGAUACGCCUGGAGGGGAACCCCUGGGUGUGCAAUUGUAACUUUGCCAAACUCUUUCUGUGGCUGUUGGAGAAUCAUCACAAGCUUCCAACCGGUUUAGAUGGUGUGGAAUGCUUUCUCUCAGGGGAUGGGCAGCAGGUGUCACUGAGCGCGCUUUCUGAGGACAGUUUCCGGGAAUGUCGAGGAAUGCUGACUCUCACCGAUUAUCUCAUAGUGAUAUUUUCUGGAAUUUGCAUUUCAGUGGCAGCCAUUAUUGCCAGUUUCUUUCUGGCUUCCACUAUCCACUGUUUCCAGCGGCUCAAAGCCAAAAGGACAGAUGAAGAGGAGGGAGAGGAGUGAGGAAGGAGGAGUGAGUAGAACUCAAAACUCCCACAGAUUACCCAUAAUGCAGCACACAGUGGAAGUCAAGCGAUGGGAUAAAGUGGUGAACCACAUCAUUUCCAUGAUAAAGAGCCCCGAAUUAGACCCAAGGUGAUGCUGCUAGAGCCGUCCUGCAUCUCACGAUUCAAAACCCUCAUCUGUGAUGCUUUAGUGAUGCAUCAUGUGUUUUCAAUACUUGAAUAACAUUGAUCGAAUUGAGCCUUAAGAUUUAAGCUGUUCUGAAAAAUACCGUUUACUAAACCAUUGUCUUUUCACCCUGUAUUCUUGAUAGCAGUCAAAUGUGAUUAGCAUUAUAUUUUGACAUCAGAUAGCUGUUUUAACAUAACAAUGGUCUUUUUAUGGAAAUGUGCAAGUGAAUGAGUAUUUUCUACAUGAGUUAUUUUUUCGUAUUGUGUUUUCGUAAUGAAUCUUGCUCAGCUGUAGUAAGGUUUAGCUACUUGCACUUUAAAGUACAGAUGAACUAUUGCACAGAAAUCCCAGUAAGCCACACUGUAGGCAUUUUUUCAUGAACCAUAAUGGCCCUUCUCACCAAAGAAUUAACAUAAACAGUACAUAUUGUGAUUUUUGAAGUUUGAGUUUUUUUAAGAGAAAGGGUUCAAAACCUCACACAAUACGAUUUUUGAAAUAAAUAUGUCAAUGUAAUUUUUGUUGUUGUUAAUUACAGUAAUAAAAUACUUAAAAUUGCAUAAAUGUCAUGAAUUCUGUGAAUAAAGGACAAUUGCUGUAGCUAGUUGGGUCAUGCUAAUCAAUUAUUUUAUUUUAAUCAUUGAAUUACAAGGGAACUACUUUAUUUUUUGUCAAUGAUAUGUCUCUUCUUUUUAAUAUGAUUCAAUAAAUAUACACAAAAGUG